ACUAUCUUGGGCUGGUUUAAGAUAUGUUCAGCCUAGCUGAUUGGUUAGUCGCAAUAGUAUCCACUGAAGAAAAUGAAUCGCAUUCCGAAGGAAAAGUUCUAAAUCCAUCAGGUAUAUCAAUUACGUAUUUGAUGGAUUUGCCAUAAGAGGGCGACAUUGUAUCAGUAGCCGCGUUUCCACUGUUGUGUCUGGCCAAAAGCGAGCGUGCUAUUGCGUACCUGGUCCAGUCGCGUUUCCAUUUUCACUCCCGGGGCUUGGUCGUGCCUCUCUUCAGGGCCAACGGGUUUUGGGCCCGUCGAAUAGCUUGGUCCAAAGCGGGCCAACUGGGGCUUGAGGUGUGAACAAAGGCGGAAUUUAUCUGAGCCAGGAGACGGUUCAGCACCGAUGCUCAUUUCCCAUGUUUCCAUAUCAGGCUACUAGCUAACCUCAAUAUUUAAGACAUUUUAAGCAAUUUUCAGUUUAAAACACACUUCCAGACACCAGCGAGUGUUUGAAAUAAUAAAUAAAUGACAAUAAAUUGAAAUAGCUGAGUCCGGAAAGCAUGGCGCUGGAAACAUGUAUUGCUUUUUUAUUAGCAGACAGUUAUGAUGCUGAAGAUUUCUUAUUUUUCAAGAAAAAUGCGACUCGCAAACGUCGGAAAGCCAGAAUGAAGCUGAAAACUGAACAAAGUGAUAAUCUGCAAAGAGAGAAAGAAAGAGAAGUAUUCAAUACCGUGCUGCAAAGCUUGACAAUCAGCGAGUUUAAGAGUCACUUCCAGCUGACGCCAACUCAAACUGAGGAGUUGGUACGGCUGCUGGCACCCUGUAAAUGGACUGCCAUUAGGCAAGAGGGAUGGACAGUGUGGCAUGCUGUGCUUGCUGCUCUAUGGGCUCUUUCUACCCAAGAGUCGUACCACAGUGUGGCAAACCGCUUCCACAUCACAGAAUCACUCAUUCGUGAUCAGCUGGACGAAUUCUGCACCCUUAUUACCAGCAAUUUGAUUAAUGAAAUUCACUGGCCUCAGGGGGAGGAAGCAGAAAUGUCUGUGCUGGGGUUCCUUUCUACUGCAGGGUUACCAGAUACUCUCUGUGUAGUAGGAACGGGUUUCAUUCCUAUUGAGAAGCCUACCGAUGUGCCAGAACCAGAGGUAUACAGAGAUGCGGAGGGGUUGUAUUAUAUAAAACUCAUGGCUUUUUGCAACCACAAGGGUCGUUUUACCUAUGUGACUGCAGAGCACCCUAGAAACUGGCAUAACUCAAGAGUACUGUUAGCUACAGAGAUUGGCAAGGCAUUGCAGGAAGACCCCGUGGCUCUCCUACAUGGCAAGCACAUCAUAGGUGAUUCCACCUUCCCACUUUCAGAGCACUUCCUGACCCCGUUCCCUGAUUACGGAACAGUCGGACAGAAAAAAGUAAGUUAUAACAAGAAAGUGCAGUCAUCUCUUGCAGUGGUGCAAGGCUCCGUCCAUACCCUGAGAUCUCGUUUUCAAAGGCUCCGGUGUCUGCAGAAGAAUUCCAUUUGUCAAACUAGCAUAGCUGUGAAGGCCUGCUGUAUUUUAUACAACACGUUCCUAGAAACGUAUAAUGUGCCAGUGGACUGCGUGGUAGAUGACCUAUCCCAAAAACCUUUCCAUGAACUACCAUAUGGACAUUCUGGAAGCCUUGGUGGAAUAUCUAAAAGACAAGACAUUGCAGCCUUACUUGGGAGAACCACUAAAAAAAGAAAAUUUAUGUUCAAUUAGAAAAUGAUUUUCAGUUUUGCAUAUGAUAAUGGAUGCAAUAGGCUAUGUUGAAAUGUCCUACUUUAAAUUAUAAGGUAAACAAGUCAAAAAUCACAGUAAUUUUUUGUUAUAUGCACUACUAUGUUGUGGAGCGAUAUGUCAAAAUAGUUAUAUUUAAUAAAAAAAAGUUUGUCUAAUAAAACCAUUUUUUUUUUAA